AUGAUCUCUUUCGCGUCCUUCCCGGUUCCAUCGCAGAAUGAAACUCAGGGCAUGACACGACAUCACCCGGACGUUGAGGAUGACAUUGACAUGGACGAAGGUUUUGAAGAGGGCUUUCACAGGCUCACUUCUCCGGGUGAGCCGCUCACAUCUUCGCAAGCUUUCAUGCGGGGACAUGGCACCUACAUAGAUAACGACGAAGUCAUUUCCUCCGUGGCAGGCACAGUCGAGCGCGUAAACAAACUCAUUUCCGUACGGGCUGUGCGCUCGAGGUAUAACCCCGAGGUUGGUGACCUCGUUGUCGGGCGAAUCACGGAGGUGCAACCUCGCAGGUGGAAGGUGGACGCAAACUCCAGACAAGACGCGGUGCUUAUGCUGUCGUCUGUUAAUUUGCCCGGCGGUGUUCAGCGCCGGAAACUUGAGAGUGACGAAUUGCAAAUGCGCACUUUCUUUGAAGAGGGUGACCUCCUUGUCGCCGAAGUCCAGGCGUUCUUUGCUGACGGGGCUAUGUCGCUACAUACCCGAUCCCUACGGUAUGGCAAGCUACGGAACGGACAGCUUGUGACAGUUCCGCCUGCCCUCAUCAGACGUCUCAAAUCACAUUUCCUCUCACUACCCUGCGGAGUGGACUUGAUCUUGGGAUUGAAUGGCUAUAUCUGGGCAAGUAAACAUGUCAAACAAAGUGAACAAGAGGGUGAAGAAGCCUUCGACGCUGAAGCCGUGUACUCUAACAAGAAUGACGACAUCGACGACGCGACACGUCUCGCGAUAUCGCGCGUCAGCAACAUCAUCCGAAUUCUGGCAGCUCACUUCAUCCCGCUCACGGACACGCUGUUAUUGGAUGCGUACGAAUGGGCGGUAGAGCAAGAAGGCGAUGUCAAGGACCUGUUACAGGCGGACAUCGGCGAUGCCAUGAUAGCUACUAUUGCUGCGCGGGACUGA